UCGCCAAUUACUUGCGGAGGAAAACAAAAGAAAGCUUUUGAUCCGCAUCGCGUUGUAUGUGAUUUCGCAGCAUACUGGCGUACCACGGAACAGGUUGGAGCAAUAUUAUUGGCUGCGAGAUGAAGGAGAAAAAAGCCAUUUCGACGAAUGGGAUCAUGUUCAGUUGGUGUUAUCCGGGCAAUUCCUACAGGGCUUGGAGCCUGCCAGAAGCAAGCAAGCUCCUGGACAUAAGCUACUCAAUGGGCGGGGGCGGGAUAAUAAGUAUCAAAAUGGAGUAGAUUAUAAUCAAAAUCAAUUGCAGGAGCCUGAAUCAAGAAAGCGACGAGCUGAGGUCCUGGACUCGUGUGUCAGAGUGUCGCAAAGUAGCAGCAUCCAGGCUUGGCAGAACCCAAACGCCGCAAACGGUUUUUGGAACAUGCGACCGC